CCGGAAGUACUUCUCUCCGUGGUGACGUCUCUCUUUCCGGGUCGCCGUUUCCGCCUCUUUCUUUCAGCCAUUGCAGCGAGCAGGAGGUCAUCGUGUGACUAUUUAGCAAAAUGCAGAACGACGCUGGAGAAUUUGUGGACUUGUACGUCCCCCGUAAAUGCUCUGCAAGCAACAGAAUUAUUGGUGCUAAGGACCAUGCUUCAAUCCAGAUAAACAUUGCGGAGCUGGAUAAAGUCACAGGAAGAUUUAAUGGCCAGUGCACAACUUAUGCGAUCUGCGGUACAAUUCGCCGGAUGGGAGAAUCUGACGAUUCCAUUCUGAGGCUGGCAAAAAAUGACUCUAUUGUUUCAAAGAACUUCUAAGAGGGUUGCUUUGAAAUGUACUGCCUUGUACAAAAAUAAAAGCUGAAAAAUAA